UAAAAACAACAAAUGAAAUCCAUUUUGUGGUCUUUUAGACUGAUUUCAUUUUGAAGAUCUUGACAACAUUUUUCAUUCUUAUGCAUCUGUCCAAAUCUCAUUGUAUUUGAUUUAGUAGAACCAUUUCAUCAAUUUAGUCGUACAUUUGGAAAACUAUAUAAAGGAACCAGAAAACCAUUUUUCUACACGACUUCAAAACUCACCAUCACUUGUACAAUUCUUAUAUUGCUUCUGGAAAUGGAAUCUGAAUACUUAAUGGGAGGAAUCAUGGCUUCUUUGUUGGGGUUUGUGUUGUUGUAUAGAAUAACAGCACAGAAGAAAGCCACAACAUCAAGAGGAGUUGCAAGAUAUGAAAAAUUAGAGAGCUCUGAAAAUGGAAUAGACCAGGCAGAGAAAGACAAGAAACCAGAUGUAAUUAUUGUUGGAGCUGGGGUUGCAGGUUCUGCUCUUGCUUAUACUCUUGGCAAGGAUGGAAGGAACGUACAUGUGAUUGAAAGAGACUUGACUGAGCCUGACAGAAUUGUUGGAGAACUUCUCCAACCUGGUGGCUACCUAAAACUAAUUGAGUUGGGACUUCAAGAUUGCGUAGAAGACAUCGAUGCCCAACAAGUAUUUGGAUAUGCUCUUUACAAGGGUGGAAGAAGUACUAAACUUUCCUAUCCCUUGCAAAGCUUUGAUUCUAACGUGUCUGGCAGAAGCUUUCACAAUGGACGUUUCAUCCAAAGGAUGCGAGAAAAAGCUGCUAGUCUAACCAAUGUAAGAUUGGAACAAGGAACAGUAACAUCCUUGCUUGAAGCAAAUGGAACAAUCAAGGGUGUCCAAUACAAAACAAAAACUGGUCAAGAACUUGCUGCAUCUGCUCCACUAACAAUAGUUUGUGAUGGUUGUUUUUCAAACUUGCGACGCUCUCUUUGCAAUGCCAAGGUUGAAAUCCCCUCUUGCUUUGUUGCUUUGAUAUUGGAGAACUGUGAGCUUCCAUACCAGAAUCACGGACAUGUUAUUCUGGCAGACCCUUCACCAAUCUUGUUCUAUCGUAUUGGUAGCUCAGAAAUUCGUUGCUUGGUUGACAUACCAGUAAGCCAAAACCUGCCAUCAAUUUCCAAUGGUGAAAUGGCCAACUAUUUAAAAUCCAUAGUGGCUCCCCAGAUUCCUCAUGAGCUAUUUGAUGCUUUCAUUUCUGCCAUUAACAAAGGAAACAUCAGAACAAUGCCUAAUAGGAGCAUGCCUGCUGCACCUCAUCCCACUCCAGGUGCUCUUCUUUUAGGUGAUGCAUUUAACAUGAGGCAUCCUUUAACUGGAGGAGGAAUGACUGUGGCGCUUUCUGAUAUAGUUGUUCUAAGGAAUCUUCUUAGACCUCUACAUGAUCUAAGUGAUGCAUCUGGCCUUUGUGAAUAUCUUAAAUCUUUCUACACACUUCGCAAGCCAGUGGCAUCUACUAUAAAUACAUUGGCAGGAGCCUUAUACAAAGUCUUUAGUGCAUCACAUGAUCCAGCACAAGAUGAAAUGCGUAGAGCAUGUUUCGACUACUUGAGCCUCGGAGGUGUAUUUUUAAGUGGACCUAUUGCUUUACUCUCAGGUUUAAACCCUCAGCCAUUGAGCUUGGUUAUGCACUUCUUUGCUGUGGCUGUCUAUGGUGUUGGUCGCUUGGUAUUUACAUUGCCAUCUGCCAAGAGGAUAUGGAUGGGGGCUAGAAUGAUCUCAGUAUGUAUAUUGACUACACUUUUAAGUUGUAUGAGUCAUAGUUUUUUGUUUCUUUUUUCCCUAAUAUUCUUCUUUUUCUUUAUUGCAUCUAGGAUUAUAUUUCCAAUAAUAAGAGUUGAAGGAGCUCAACAUAUGUUCUUCCCAAAGGUCAUGGCAAAAUACUGCAGACCCUUAGCUCUUUGAAAAUUGAAGCAAGCAAAAUGAAUGAUACUUGACGGCAUAGCUAAUCAAAUUUACCCAGAACUAACCAUUUAUCUUGUAUACUGAGCAAUACUAAAUUGUAAACUAGAACAUGUUUCUUUCUUUCUUUUUUUUUUUAAGAUUUGAUUUAGGAAUU